GGUGGGAGGGAAUUCCGGGCAGAGGCUAGACUUGAAGUCUGAUGGGUCGGGAUCUUGCUGGCGGUGUGGUUUUGGGCCAGUUACCCUGCCUUGGCUCCACCGUUGACGGUGGGGGUCCCUGAUGAAGCUGCUAUGGGGGCCUGACAACAGGGACCAGGGUCCGGCUUCGCUCAGGGAAAGGGAUGGACACGGUGAGGCAUAAAUGGUCAUGAUCUAGAAGGACCUGCAUUGUCUUCCUUCCCUUAAAAAGCUAAGUUCUCAUGGUCAGCACUGCACGAAAGGCCUCUCAUUUGAGAACCUUGUGUUUCCUGAACUUGAGAGCUUGCUAUGUUCAAGGCCCAUAAUGAGAGCUUUAUAUCUUCUAUCCCAUCUAAUCCACCCCGAUCCUUUGUGGCAGGAACUAUUUUUAUUCCACUGUGCAAAUGAAGAGACAGAGGCCUGGAGAGAUUAGAUUGUUUGGUUAAGGCCACACAGCAGGUGAGUGGCAGCACCCUGCUGUCUUAGGACGACACCUUGUAGCAGAGACCAACAGAGAACAGAGGGAGGCCUGUCACCAUCACCAAGUGCUGCUUACCACGCUGCGCCAGGGGCCCGGGGGAGCCCUGGGAGCCUGUCCUGUGCGCCCUGGGGCAUGCCGGUCAGUGGGAAGACGGGGCCCACCAACCACCGGCUGAGAUGUAUGGAAGGACCGUGCACGUGCGAGCUGGGGCAUCAUGAAUCCUGUCAGUGGACUGACAGUUAAUUUAAACUGGGGUCAGAGGAAGGCUCUUCAGCAGAAAAGCCGUAGGAGCCAGGACUUGUCUCUUUGGUGGAACACGGUGUUAUGUGCAAAUGAAUUGGGCUGUGCAAAUUCAUUCAUUCAUUCAUAUGUGCAAAUGAAUUGGGCUGUGGCCGCAGAGAGCUGGCUUCCGUGGGUGGCAGGUUGCCUAGAGGGCGUCUCAGCUGUCUGGGCUGCACGCGGACCUGCCUCCUAGGCUGUUAGUGCUUGUCUGUCUCUGAGCCCCGUCCCCCGGGGUCUGUCCCGAGGAUCCCGUGCACUGUUGCCUGGGAUGUGUGCGGCUGCCACGUUCGGUCUUGUGGCAUGGGACACAUCUUUCAUCGCCUCCUCCGCUCCUCACCGUGGGACCUGCCCAACCAGAGAGGGGACUUGCUGGUCUCCAGAGCCCCUGACGUCAGUGCGUGAGGCUGCUCUGUCCUUGUUUUUCUGGAAGCAUGGGGAAAUGGCAGCUGAUAGAGUAGUGCCAGAGAGAAGGUGUAGCUGGCGUGGUGGGACCAGGUCGCUCUCCCUCUGCCCCUUGUCUCCCACGCCGUGAAGCUGCAGACGCUUUGGGCCACUGUCAAAGUUUGGCUUUGUCUUACUCAUGACCUGCAUUGGAAUUUGCUUACUGUUUCCUACAAAAUGACUCACUUUUUUGGGAAAUUGAUACUGUCUUUAGUAUAAACAUUUAUGAACUCAUGAGUUUGAUACAUUUGUUUUUCGUAACACACUUUACCAUGAAAGAAUAACAAUUGAGGGGCACCUAGGUGGCUCAGUCGGUUAAGCAUCCAACCUCCACUCAGGUCAUGAUCUCGUGCUUCGCGAGUUCAAGCCCUGCAUCAGGCUCCGUGCUGGCAUUGUGGGGCCUGCCUGGGAUUCUCUCUCUCUCUCUCUCUCUCUCUCUCUCUCUCUCUCAAAACAAAUAAACCUUUUAAAAAUUUUUAAAAAAUAAAGUGAAAGAAUAAGAAUUGAAAUACAUAAAGAGUUCAUUUAAAAAAUAGUUCGUCUGUAAAUGACUCCUCUUUGCUGUUGUGUGUAUCAUACCCCGGUGAAAAUACUUAUGAAGAGGGAGAAGUAUCUGACCUGGAGCUGCACAGACCUUGCUGUGAUCCCUGGCCCUGCCACUGACAGCUGUGGGGCUUGGGGAAAAUUACUUGACCUCUCUGGGCCUCAGUUUUGUUUUCCCAGAAGGCCAGCUGGAGGAUAAGUAAUCUGAUGGAUGUAAGUAUUCAACCCUGGUUUAACAUGUGGUGCACAAUCCCCUUUCUUAUCUUCUAGCCCCUCCCUGUGUUAGUAAGGAUUCUCUAGAGAAACAGGACCAAUAGCAUAUAAUUUUAUUAUAUACGAAGGGAUUUAUUACAAGGAAUUGGCCCAUAUGAUUAUGGAGGUUCACAAGUCCCAAGAUCUGCAGGGUGAGUUGGCGAGCUGGAGACCCAGGGAAGCCAAUGAUGUAAUUCCCAUCCAAAGGCUGGCAGACUGGAGACCCAAGAAAAGCUGAUGUUUCAGUUUGAGUCUGAAGGCAAGAAUAAGCCAAUGUCCCAAUUCAGAGGCAGUCAGCAAGAGAAAUUCUUUUUUUCUUGGAGGAGGAUCGGCCCUUUUGGGCUCUCCAAGCCUUCAACUGAUUGGGUAAGGCCCACCGAUAUUAGGGCAAUCUGCUUUACUCGGUCUACUGGUGUAAAUGUUAAUCUCAUCCAAAAAUACCCUUGCAGAAACACCCAGAAUAAUGUUUGCCCAGUUAACCUCGUGGCACAGUCAAGCUGACCCCUAAGAUUAAUUACCAUAUUCCCCCAGCACGCGCGCGCGCGCACACACACACACACACACGCACACAUACACAUUUUUAAAAAAAUUUUUUUAAGUUUAUUUUUUUGACAGAGACAGAGUGUGAGCAUGAGCUGGGGAGGGGCAGAGAGAGAGACAGAGGGAGACACAGAAUCCGAAGCAGGCUCCAGGCUCCGAGCUGACAGCACAGAGCCCAACGUGGGGCUCGAACUCAUGAACUGUGAAAUCAUGACCUGGGCCGAAGUUGGACGCUUAACCGACUGAGCCACCCAGGCAUCCCCCCCCCCUUUUUUUUUAAGUUUUAUGUAAGUAAUCUCUAUACCCAACAUGGGACUCGAACUCACGACCCUGAGAUCAAGAGUCAUAUGCUCUUCCAACUAAGCCAACCAGGUGCCCACCGCUUUUAUACUUUAAUCGAAACAUGGUCCCUGGAUGUCUCAGCACUAGCCGGAUGUGAGGUACGCCUUCCCAUCAUCACCUCUGUUAUCUCCUCUGGCACUCCCUGUCUCUGUCUGCCUGCCUCGGCGUGAUUAGCCACUGUGUCUCCAGAAUUGCCCGUCCUCCCCCUUUGGAAAAGCGAGUCUUCUCUUGCUGGAUCCUAGACGCAGAAACAUUCCAGAAUUGCAUAUGUGUGGCCAACUCUUCCAUUCCCAGCCCUGGGAGGAGCCAGCCUGAGUCUCCAGGGCAUCUGUGGGGUUUUAUGAGCCCACCCUAGAGAGCUGUGAGAUGCAGACACAGCCCUUCUGUGUAGUUGGGAGGGGACUCGAGUAGCAAAACACACCCAGACCCAGCCUUGAUCAUGUGUAUCCUGGCCCUGGCAUGACCUUUAACUAGGUCCCCUUGUCUUUCUGAGCCUCAGUGUGCUUCCCUGUACAAAGAGGGCACAGCAGUAGUUUUCUAAGUUGCGUCCAGUGUUAGGGGGAAGUAUGUGCAUUUCAAAGCUGAAAUAGUUCUGGGGCACAUUGGUGGCUCGGUUGGCUGAGUGUCUGACUCUUGAUUUUGGCUCAGGUCGUGAUCUCAUGUUUGUGGGUUUGAGCCCCGCGUCAGGCUCUGUGCUGACGGUGCGGAUCUUGCUUGGGAUUCUCUCUGUCUCCCUCUCUGCCCCUCCCUCUUGCAUGUGCGCUCACUCUCUGUCUCUCUCCCUCAAAAUGAAGAAAGAACAAAGCUGAGAUAGUAUAGAAAAUAACGAAGAAUAACAUAAUGCAUACCCACAAUGUUACCAUUGGAAUUAGCCAUGGGUUACAAUUUAUGUAUUUGUUUCCAGUCUGUUUCUUUUGGGUGAGAAAUCCAACACUGCCAGUAAAGCUCAAGUUCCCUUUGCCGCCACCCCAUGUUUCACCCCUUACCCCUGGCAGUCUCUGUUCGGAGCUCGAGUCCUGAGGGUACCUUUCCCUUUGUAAUUCCCAACACUUUGAGUGUGCUGUUUCAUCCAGAAUCCACUUGGACUUCACCAUGACAGGGGCACAUAAUUCCUUUGUGCCUCAUAAAAGUAUAGCUGAGGGGCACCUGGGUGGUGGCUCAGUGGGUUAAGCAUCUGACUUCGGCUCAGGUCACGAUCUCACAGUUCGUGAGUUCGAGCCCCGCAUCAGGCUCUACACUGACAGUGCAGAGCCUACUUGCGAUUCUCUCUGCCCCUACCCGACUUGUGCUCUCUCUCUGUCUCUCUCAAAAUAAAUAAACUUUAAAAAAAAAGAAAAGUAUGGCUGAAGCAGGCAGGCCUCAGGACGCCCCAGAAAGACUCAGAUAACUGAAAAGAACCCUUUUGCUGGUAACAGAAACACCACUGGAAUGACUGUCUUAAGCCCUCUUGUAGGGGGGUGGCGUGAGCCUUACCAGCUUCACAUGCAGCCCCCUGGUGCUGAGAGAAGAUUCGCAGGUUAAAUGGGCGGGCAGGGGAACGUGGUGCGGUCUGUCCCAAUCCUGGCUGUCUGCCACAUCUGUUGAUGUUCUUUGUCACUUUAUGAGGUGCCUUCUGGCCCUCCCAGCUGCUCCGUGAGGAGGGAGCCUGGCUCCCAUUGUCCCAGCUUAGCCGAGGCGAGCAGGUGCAGGGCUCACAUCCCACCACAUGCCCGCGCUGGAGGCUGCUCUCCCUUGCCUGCGCGGAUCGCGCUGUCUUCUGGCUGGGACCCUGGACAGCCCGCUCACUGCAGGCCCGAGGGUGGGUGGGGUGGGCACCUCCUUCCAGGCAGCUGGAGGCCAGGCACGCUGCUUUUCUUAUCUGGAGGCUGCACUUCGUGCCCUUGUAUCAGCCCUAAGUGUGAAGACGGGGAACUUUCUCAAGAGGGGCAAGAGCUCUCAGCACCCACCAACUCCAGAGCUGGUCCUUGGGGGGGGAUUAGAGGAUAUCCCCAGGACAAGUGGUGAGCUGGGAGUAGUGUUUGCCUGCCUGGCUCUCAGUCCUCUGAGCUGGCCGUUGCAUGCCUUCACCACUCACCUCGUGUGACAGUGGCAGCUUGGGAUGCAGCUGGUCUGCAUGUUGGAAUGAUGAGGCCUGGGGUAUGUUGGGUUACAUCAUAGGUAUAAUUAAGGUUAAUUCACCCGUUGCUUGAAUAGGGCUUUUUAAUAGGAACUUCAAAACAUAGGCAUGAAUCGGCCGAGCACAGCAUUUUUAGGGCAGUCGACUGCUCCGUGUGAUGUUACAGAUGGUGGAUACGUGUCCUCAUACACAGACUGUACAACCCCAGGAGUGAACCCCCCGCAAACGAUGGGCUCUGGGUCAUCGACCCGGCCGGAGGUGGCCAGUAUAGAGCCGCUGGGCGUGGACGAAGCGCAGUGCUCCCAGAAGGCAGUGGUGCAGGCCCGCCUGUCCCAGCCCGCCCGCCUGACCAGCAUCAUCUUCGCCGAGGACAUCACCACGGGCCAGGUCCUGCGCUGCGAUGCCAUCGUCGACCUCAUCCACGGCAUUCAGAUCGUCUCCACCACCCGCGAGCUGUACCUGGAGGACUCGCCCCUGGAACUGAAGAUCCAGGCCCUGGACUCCGAAGGGAACACGUUCAGCACCCUCGCUGGGCUCGUCUUUGACUGGACAAUCGUGAAGGACACGGAGGCCAAUGGGUUCUCAGACUCCCACAACGCCCUGCGAAUCCUCACAUUCCUGGAGUCCACAUACAUCCCUCCUUCCUACAUCUCCGAGAUGGAGAAAGUGGCCAAGCAGGGGGACACCAUCCUGGUGUCCGGGAUGAAGACUGGAAGCUCCAAGCUCAAGGCGUGCAUCCAGGAGGCCGUCUACAAGCACGUGCACCCUGCGGAGGUCAGGCUGCUGAUUUUGGAGAACAUCCUCCUGAACCCAGCGUACGAUGUCUACCUGAUGGUGGGGACCUCCAUUCGCUAUAAGGUGCAGAAAAUCAGACAAGGAAAGAUUACAGAGCUCUCAAUGCCUUCCGAGCAGUAUGAGCUGCAGCUUCAGAACAGCAUCCCGAGCCCCGAGGGAGACCCGAGCCGGCCUGUGGCUGUCUUGGACCAGGACACGUCGAUGGUCACUGCAGUGCAGCUGGGACAGAGCAACCUGGUUCUCAGCCACAGGAGUAUCCGCAUGCAGGGUGCUUCUAGGUUACCCAACAGCACCAUCUACGUGGUUGAACCUGGAUACCUGGGGUUCACCGUCCAGCCUGGUGACAGGUGGGUGCUGGAGACGGGCCACCUGUAUGAAAUUACCAUUGAAGUGCUUGACAAGUCCGGCAACAAGGUCUACCUGUCCGACAAUCUCCGCAUCGACACCGUGUUACCUCCUGAGUUCUUUGAGGUGCUCGCUUCUUCCCAGAAUGGCUCGUACCAUCACGUCAGGGCGACAAAGAAGGGCCAGACGGCUAUCGAGGCAGCCCUCACCUCUGUGGUGGACCAGGAUGGAGGGGUCCACACGUUGCGGGUACCUGUGUGGAACCAGCAGGAGGUAGAAAUUCAUGUCCCCAUCACCCUCUAUCCGAGCAUCUUGACGUUUCCGUGGCAACCAAAGACGGGCGCCUAUCAGUACACAAUAAAGGCCCACGGCGGGAGUGGGAACUUCAGCUGGUCUUCGUCAAGCCACAUGGUGGCCAUGGUCACCGUCAAGGGCGUCAUGACCACAGGCAGUAACACUGGACUCAGUGUGAUCCAGGCGCAUGAUGUGCAGAACCCGCUCCACUUUGGGGAGAUGAAGGUGUACGUGAUCGAGCCCAGCAGCAUGGAGUUCGCACCGUGCCAGGUGGAGGCACGCGUGGGCCAGACCUUGGAGCUGCCGCUGAGGAUCAACGGCCUCAUUCCUGGUGGGGCCGACGAGGUGGUCACCCUGAGCGACUGCUCCCAUUUCGACUUGGCGAUCGAGGUGGAGAACCAGGGCGUGUUCCAGCCACUCCCAGGGAGGCUGCAGCCAGGGUCUGAGCACUGCAGCGGGGUCAAGGUGAGAGCGGAGGCCCAGGGCUACACCACACUCCUCGUGAGCUACAAACAUGGCCACAUCCACCUGAGUGCCCGGAUCACCAUCGCUGCCUACCUGCCCCUCAAGGCUGUUGACCCCUCCUCUGUCGCCUUGGUGACCCUUGGCUCCUCAAAGGAGAUGCUGUUCGAAGGAGGUCCCAGACCCUGGGUCCUCGAGCCUUCCAAAUUCUUCCGGAACAUCACUUCUGAAGACACAGACAGCAUCAGUCUGGCUCUCUUUGGGCCCUCUACCUCCCGGAAUUACCAGCAACACUGGAUCCUCGUGACCUGCCAGGCCUUGGGCGAGCAGGUCAUCGCCCUCUCGGUGGGGAACAAGCCCAGUGUCACCAACCCCUUCCCCGCACUGGAGCCCGCCGUGGUGAAGUUCGUCUGCGCCCCGCCCUCCAGGCUCACCCUGACGCCCGUCUACGCCAGCCCCCAGCUGGACCUGUCGUGCCCGCUGCUGCAGCAGAACAAGCAGGUGGUGAGUGGGCAGUUCUCGCGGGGGGCGGCGGGGGUGUGGUGACGAGGACGGGUCAGCACUGUGCCACCUCCCCUCCGUGCACGGGGCCUGCUUUUGUCCGGCUUUUACGUAUCGGGGGGCUGUGUUUCAAAUGUAAAUGUGGGAGGGGGAGGAAAGUCACUCGGAUGUUCUUCUGACGAGUGGGGCUGGAAGGUGAACCCACGGGCCUGGAGCACCUGGGCUUCUGGCCAGUCUAGCCCUCCACGCCAGGACACCCAGAGAUCGGGCGACAGAUGUGGAGGACUUAGAAGCCCUGCUGUUCAGGGUCAGGGGUACGGACACCCUCCCGGCCAGCCCCAGCCCCCAGCCCCUUCACAGAGGCGGAGACUAGGCAGGUUUCUUUCCCUUCAUUCCUUCACUGUGUAUUUGUUGAGCACCUUCUCAGUGUGAGGCACAGAACUCGGGGUUCUAGAAUACAGGAGUACUCCGGUUGGUGAGACAUCUGCCCCACGGAGGUGACAGCAAGAGCAGGAGGCCCGCAAACAGUAGGCAAGAUGGACAGAAGGUGGGAAGCGCCGUGGAGCAAGUGAGGCAGGGUGCGGGACGGCUGCCACGGGAGGCCGCUUCAGAUGGAGCCAGGAAAGGCCUCCGUGAGGAGUGCACAUACCGUGUCAGGAGAUGCCAGCCGAGAAGAGCUGAAGGAAGGGUGUUCCGGGCAGGUAGAACAGCAAGUGCAAAGGCCCUGGGGUUAGCCUGGGGGUCUCUGCAUCCCUGCUGCCCAUGCAGCAAUCAGAACCAUUGUGUGUUCUCUCACACAGCUCUCACCUGUGUGCCUUAUUCCCCAUCGUCGGACCAUCUGUGAGGCCAGGCUCAUUGCAUCCCCUUCACGAGUUUGUCCAUGAGGCCCAGAGGUGGGCAGGGUCCCAGAGGCCCUACAUCCGCCCGGCUCCCAAGUUCAGUGCCCCCUCUUUGGUCCUCGCAGCUACUUCUCUUCUCCCAGCCCCAGCCCUGUGAUCAGCUCCCCCCGCUCCAAGGCAUGUCCAGCUGCCCCCUGCCUUGGUGGCUCCUGAGGGCCCCGUUCUGGGGAUGGGAGCCCCUCACCUCUUUGCUGCUUGCCCUGAGAGCGCUCAGCGCAUCUCCUCUGUGCACCUGAUGGAAGCUUUCUGAGGCUGUUUCUGUGGGCAGCCUCUCCCACCACCCGCAGAGAGAUUUGGGAUUUGGCUCCCCGUGGGUGAAGCAGGAGGAUGGCUUUGUGUUUUGUUGAAGUGCAUUUCUUUGACGCUCUGCGGGAGGUCCCAGACUCCAGUGUCUAAGACUUGGGACCACUCCUGCCUGUCUGGCGUGUGACUCUUGGCCUCCAUGUCCCCUGUGAGCUUAGUUGGCUUUUCUUCCUGCUGUUCUGGUGGGCUUCUGUCUUCUCUCAGGCUUUCCUGAUUGCUCAGCUCAGAGACACAUGGGCGUGUGAGCCCCUCUGCUGCCCCCGAUGCUGGUCCCUUACGGGUCAGUGCCUCAACAGCAUCAGUUACAAAUGAGGACGCUUUGCGCCCAGUGUCGGGGCAUUCUCCCACCUACCCCGUGGGGGCCGGGCACCCAUGUUCCCUCUUGACAGGUGAGGAGAACUGGCCCCGAGCCUAGAGCCCCUCUGGAGGCUUGUCACCAUGACACCUCAUUUACCCCUAGCUCAGGCCUGGGUGUUACUGGAAGGGAGCAGGUGGCUGUCAUUCCCAAGCUGAAAAUCUGUGUGUUCAGGACUUUUCUGCCUCCUGACUUUGGGGGCUGUUGAGGCGAAUGUCCUGAAAGGGUCACAUUUUAAAACACUUUUAUGUAUUUUAAAAACAAUUUUUUUAAAUGUUUAUUUAUUUUUGAGAGAGAGAGUGAGACAGAGCAUGAGCAGGGGAGGGGCAGAGAGAGAGGGAGACACAGAAUCCAAAGCAGGCUCCAGGCUCUGAGCCGUCAGCACAGAGCCCGAUGCCGGGCUUGAACCCACAAGCUGCAAGAUCAUGACCUGAGCUGAAGUCGGACACUUAACCGACUGAGCCACCCAGGCACCCCAACACUUUUGUGUAUUAACAAAUUACCUCUUUAUAAAGAGUAUAGUCCUGCUAAGUCUGGACUCUUCUGGAAAAGCUGCUCUGCUGGUCCACCGAGUGUGAGGUCACAAGCCAGACAGCAGCUGACAUCAGUAGGCACUGACAGCUGGGCCUGAAUUCCUCCUUGAAUGACAAUGGGUGACAGCGGUCCCCUAGGGUUGUAGGGGAAAAGCAUGAGUGGUAAAUGUUACACUUUAACCUUAUCCUCUGCUUAGACCCAGCCAACAGCUUCCCGCUCCCCCAGAGCAAAAGCCAAGCCCCUUCUGUAACCCGCAGUCUCUGAGCUCCGGCCCCAUUAAUCCACCACCCUACUCUUCCUGUCCUUGGACACCCUGUCAUACCCUGAGCAUACCAGAACGUGCCCUGCAUGCAUCCCAAACUUACUGUCCCUCUGGCUUCUCUCUACUCCUGUGUCCCCAAGCCUCCCUCCCUGCCUCCUUCAGUUUUUUAUUCAAAUGUUACCCCUUGCAGGUAGGGAGUCCUCAGCCUUUAGACCUUACCUAAAGUUUCUCCCUUCCCUCAACAUUUCAUAUUCCAGUUCCCUGUUCCCCUGCCCCCAAGCUCUGCACAUCAUCUAAUGCUGUAGAAUUUACAUAUUUAUCUUAUUCUCUGCGAGUCUCUAGAAAAGACCUCAGCUCAUGGUAGGAGCUCAGUAAAUGUGAUGGAUGAAUGAACACAGAAACAUGCACACCAUGCCAGUGUCCCUGUGCCUUCUGGCCCUGACUCUUGCAGGCUCAAACGUAUGGAGAAGCCAAGCGGGGCACUGCUGAAGAAUGGGGGCUGGGGGUAGGGGGGUGGGUGGUGCAGACCUGGAGAGCAGGUGCCCCUCCAUAGUGACGGUCUGCCCAGCUCGACUCUAGCCCAUUCAACCCCAGGCUGGUCAAACCUUCUUAUUUUCAAAGAAAAAACCAGGCAGAUCUAUAUGUAUCUUCCCUGUAUUUGCACGUCGGGCAUUUGCCAAGUGAGCCGUGUCUGGCCAUCUGUUGGCUGUGACCUCUGGGUCAGCGCGGGGUUGUCUCUCUUGACGGAAAGACGACAGUCAAGGCAGCAGAGCACGGAUCUGAAUUGGCUUGCGUGUGUCGUAGAUCCCGCUUGCCAGGAAAUAAUGGACUUCAAACACAGAAUUGCUGUGUGAUCCAUCAGCCCUAGAGUUCCAGAGCUGUGAGCCGAUCGGGCACGGCCCCUGCGAUUUACGAUCUCACUAGGGGACCUUGAGAAAGCUGUAUCCCUGCCAUGCAUCCUGGGUACAGUAUCAAUUUAAUUUUAUACCUCUCCAAAGCCAGAGGCCGCCCGAGACGUGUUUGCUGAGUAAAUUAUUGGCGAGGCCACAUACCAGAAUGGAGCUGACCAGUCAGAGUGACAAAGUGGAACCAGACUCUGGCCUGACCCCAGCCCUCUGCACGGGUCGUCCUGUGUUCAGCUCACUAUGGCUGAGCACCCGUCGUGUGCCAGGAGACUGAUUAGUGGGAGCUCGGAUGGAGCCUGACUGGUGUACCGGGGAGAGGCCUCACGGUCAGGGGAGGCUGCACAGUCACAGGGGAGGCCUGUGCGCUUUAAAACCAGACCAAUAGUGUUCCACCCCUAAACCUGUGUGACCUCGGGCAACUUGCUUAAUGUCUCUGAGCCUCCGCCUUCCCAUUUGUAGAAUGGGGAUGAUGCUGUUCCCUCAGAUGCCCACUGGAAGGAUCCAAGCAUGCUUGGAGCAGACUGUUAACAUCCUUCCCUGGGAGCACAGGGGGAGGGAAGGGCAUCGGCUUCCCACCCAGGACGCAUCUCGGGGAAAGAGUGGGGCCACUCCCAUCCCUGUCCGUGGUUGUAGCUCCUGACCGAAGCCAGCAUCCCCAAUUGAUUGGGCUGUGACCUGCAGUGAAAAUCUGCAGCGUGCUUGGGCUCAGUGUUCUCUGGGGGCAAGAGAGCUAGAAGGACUUGUGGCGGAGCCCUCACGCUGCCGGUCGGUAGUUCGGUGACAGCAUCGGUCUGGACAGGCGAGGCGAGGCUGCGGGAACAGACAAGCACAGAUCGAGGUGGAUUCACACAGCACGGUUCACUUCUUGCUCGUCCUGCAUGUGCACCGUGGUGGCGGGGGGACCCUGCUUCAUGUCGCUGUUCCCAUCCUUCCAGGGCGUGUUGAACGUGGUUGGGUGCCACUGCAGAGAGAAGGAGGCGGCACUCCCUGGCGGGUUGUAUUCUGGCCGUUAAGGCUUCCCCCCGGAAUUGUUGUCAAGUCCUGUUUCACCUUUCACGGGUCAAAGCAAGUGAUACGGUCACUCCUAACUUGCAAAGGCCAAAACAGUGUGGUCCUCGCUCCUAGCCCUGUGCGUGCAUCAGUGGGUACGCCGGGGGACACUGCACACGACCGCCCGUGUCCCUGCCUGCACGUUUGUUACAGUGAGCCGACCUCUUGCAAAUGGUCUCAUACAACCCUUGGUUAAAACAGAGUCCUGGGAGGUGGGCCCUGUUGUGACUUCCACUGGCUUGCCUGGGGUGGUGACAGGCUGAGCUUCCAGGCCAGGCAGGGGGACGCGGAUGCCUAUGUACCUAGGGUCCCUGCUUCACUACCUGCCCCACCUGCCCCCUUGCCAGGAGGCGGGGAAGGUGGGGGAUGAAGCAGCACCUGGGAGGAAGGAGGGCGACUUGGCUUGGGUUGCCCAGGGCGGGUUUGCCUGGGGAACAAGAGGUAAUGGUAGAGUGGUUAGUAAUUCAGGGUUUGGAGCCGAACCCCGAAGGGUGUGCCACUCAUUCUCAGAGUUGCCUUUUAUUUGUUCCUUUUCUUCCCUGGGACUCUGCUUCCUCACCCUUUAUAUAGGGACGACA